UCAUUUGAAACAUUUCAUCAAACAGAAUGACGUCGUUUUUGAAACAGGCAGCAAUAGGUGUGCUUUGUGGGUUGUUGUUUGUUUCAGGGUUCGGUAUGGAAAAGAUGGUGGGUGAAGGCAAGUGGUCAGUGCUAGACGUGCGCGCGUGCGACAACCCCUCGCAGUACCGGGACCGAGUCACCGUGCAGAGACGCAAGCUGAAUCGAACUCACGACGUGUUUGAUGGGAGUUUUGAUCUGAAGGAGUUGAUUGAUAAUGAUACUGCUAUCCGUCUGGAGUGCUGCAAGUACGUAGACGGCGGCUGCAAGCCGUUCCAGCAGAUCAACGACCGCUGCUUCUGCUGCUUCGCCAAGGAGCAAGGAGGAGACAACUUCGCAGAAGUACUGAGUGCUGCCGGGUUGGACCCGCCAGACUGCCCGCUACCCGUUGGAGCAUACGACAUACAUGACUUCCUGAUGGACUACGACAGCCUCCCUGAAGAAGGCUUCUUCGGCAAGUUCGAGGCCAAGAUCUUCGCCGUCAAGGACUUUGUCGACACCGCCUGCCUGUCGCUGACCGUGGAGUUUAAUGAACUUGAUGAUGAGUAGGUGAUUGAAGAAGGGUGGAUUAAUAAAUAUAUUUGGAUUUG